AUGGUCACUCAAGGGCACAUGGUCACUCAGGGAUCCAUGGUCACUCAGGGGCACAUGGUCACUCAGGGGGACAUGUUCACUCAGGGGCACAUGAUCACUCAGGGAUCCAUGGUCACUCAGGGGCACAUGGUCACUCAGGGGCACAAGGUUACACAUUGGGCACGUGGUCACUCAAGACCCAUGAUCACUCAGGGGCAAGUGGUCACUCAGGGACACAUGGUCACUCAAGGGGCACAUGGUCACUCAGUGAUCCAUGAUCAUUCAGGGGCACGUAGUCACUCAGGGUCACAUGGUCACUUAAGGAGCACAUGGUCACUCAGGGGCACAUGGUCACUCAGGGAUCCAUGGUCACUCAGGGAUACAUGGUCACUCAAGGGACACAUGGACACUCAGGGGCACAUGGUCACUCGGGAGCACAUGGCCACUCAAGGGGCACAUGGUCACUCGGAAGCACAUGUUCACUCAAGGGGCACAUGGUCACUCAGGGGCACAUGGUCACUCAAGGGGCACAUGGUCACUCAGGGAUCCAUGGUCACUCAGGGGUCAUUGUAUCUCAGGGGCACAUGGCCACUCAGGGGGCACAUGGUCACUCAGGGGUCAUGGUCGCUCAGGGGUCAUGGUCACAAAAGGGGCCCAUGUCACUCAAGGGGCACUUGUUCACUCAAGGGGCCCAUGGUCAUUCACGGGGCCCAUGGUCAUUCAAGGGGCACAUGGUCACUCAUGGAGCCCAUAGUCACUCAGGGCCACAUGGUCACUCAGGGAUCCAUGGUCACUCAAGGGGCACAUGGUCACUCGGAAGCACAUGUUCACUCAAGGGGCACAUGGUCACUCAAGGGGCACAUGGUCACUCGGGGAUCCAUGGUCACUCAGGGGCACAUGGUCACUCAGGGGCACAUGGUCACUCGGGGGUACAUAGUCACUCAUGGGGCCCACGGUCACUCAGGAAUCCAUGGUCACUCAGGAAUCCAUGGUCACUCAGAGGGACAUGGUCACUCAUGGGCAUAUGUUCACUCAAGGGCACAUGGUCACUCAGGGGGACAUGGUCACUCAGGGGGCCCAUGGUCACUCAAGGGGCACAUGGUCACUCAGGGGCACAUGGUCACUCAAGUGCACAUGGUCACUCAGGGGCACAUGGUCACUUGGGGCACAUUGUCACUCAGGGACACAUGGUCACUCAGGGGCCCAUGGUCACUCAGGGGGACAUGGUCAUAA